AUGCCUGGUGCUAAGGAGCAGCAGAAACGCCGUUGGCGCCCUGGCACAAAAGCUCUCCGGGAGGUCAGGAACUACCAGAAGACAUUUGACUUCCUGAUUCCGAAGCCCCCAUUCCAGCGACUCUGGAAGGAAAUCUGCGAUGACAUCGACCCCUCCAAGCGCCUGCGCUAG